AUGACUCAUCUCUUGUGGAAAUCCUACUGGGAAGACGAUGUCGACAAGUUUCGACGCCUCCUCUCGCCCGCCGGCCAGAGCGCUCAGAAUACCGCGCGGAGUUCGAACAUAGGGGCUGCGGGGAGUCCUGGCCAUGGCCAUGGCACGCCACCGAGACCGACUCCAAAGUCGCGCAAGACUCAGGGGCAUGGGAAUGGAUCGCUUGGUCGGAACGAAGUCAACAGCCGUGACCAUGCCGGUCUGACGAUAUUGCUGCGCGCAGCCUCCUCGACCGCCGAAAACGCCGUUUCUUUUGUCGAAGCUCUGCUCGGGCACCCCGCCAUUGACAUCUACGCCCAGGACCCGGAGAGUGGCUGGAAUGCGCUCCACAGGGCUCUGUAUGCGGGCAACAUUUCCAUUGCGAGGAUGCUUCUUGAAAAGGAACGCGCCGACUUGACAGGGCACAUGGUUUCGGUGAACCGAGUGGGACAGCUUAUCAAGACGAAGGACCACGAAGGCAACAGUCCGUUUGACUUGUACAACUCGACGAUUGGAGAACGUAAUUUGAAGGAUUGGGAUAGUGCCCAAGUGGCUGACGAUGGGUCGGAUAGUGAUGACCCGGAGGAAACUGUUGAGAGCAUCACAGCCGCGAGUCACCGGAACGGCAUCGGAGAAGACCUGUAUGCCUUUGGAAGCAACAGAAACCUAUCCUUGGGCUUUGGGGACGAGGACGAUCGUCAGUUUCCCGAGCGAGUGUUUCUGAACCGCCCAGACCACCUUCUGCAACGAUUUUACAAUGAGUAUCUCGAAGAAAUCGGCGCCCAACGACCGGCGUCACAGGAUCUGUCCAAGAUUCCUGCUUUGGUCCUGAACCGGCCAUUGGUGAUUCAGGAUGUCGUGCUCUCCAAGCUCCACAGUGCAGUUCUAACAACAGAUCCGGUUUCUAACCUUUACAUCUGCGGUGUUGGACGUGGUGGCCGGCUGGGUCUCGGUGAUGAGAACACGCGCUUCACCUACGUUCCUGUGCAGGGCCCCUUUGUCGAUCGCAGGGUUGGCCAGGUGGCUCUAGGACAAAAUCACACCAUGGCUGUUGAUGACACGGGUGCUUUGUGGACCUGGGGCAGCAAUGCCCAGUCACAGCUAGGGUAUGCGCUUCCUGCUCCGGCCAGGAAGGACGAGGAGCCCAUCAGCACCAUACCUCGUCAAGUUUUUGGUGCCUUGAAAAAGGAGGUUGUUCUUGGCGUCGCUGCCUCAUCGGUACACUCGGUUGCUCACACCGGUGCAUCGCUUUACUGCUGGGGCAAGAAUCUUGGCCAGCUGGCCUUGAUGGAUGCUGACUCGAGAUCGCUUGAACACCAGCAAACCCCUAGAAAGGUGGCCGCUUCCCUUUUCUCGUCGCCGAUUGUCAUGGUCAGCGCCAUUGACAAGGCGACAACCAUCCUGCUGCAGAACCAUACAGUAUGCAUCUUCACGGGCUAUGGUUAUCAUAUUGUCAAAUUCCCAUUCGCGAGCUUUGACUACAUCGGCAAUCUCAGAUUGUCAAAUCGGCAUGAAGUAGGUUGGAAUCAGGUCAGCUACAUCACCUCGGGCGGAGAAACCAUUGCGGCGUUGACGAAACGGGGUGAUUUGUUCACCAUGAAUCUGGAUCACAAGAUGGAAACGAACCCACCGGCCACAUCGACGACGAACCCGUCCAAGCUCAAGGGCGCCGUGACGGCACCUCAACGGAUCUGGAAUGCCAGUAAGGACGGGGUCUGUUCGGUUGGUGUCGGGGAAAAUGGUUCGGUGAUUCUCAGCACCAAGUCUGGAGCUGUGUGGCGAAGGAUCAAGCGUGUAAAAGGCAAGGGCGCUUCUUCCGCCAACAACAUUUCGGAAUCGAAGAGGAAUUUCAAGUUCCAGCGCGUCCCUUAUAUCACCAAGGUUGCUACUGUUCGGGCCUCUGCGUAUGGGGCUUUUGCUGCUAUCCGGGAGGACUCGGAGGUGAUGAAGCAGCAGCUGGCGGUGGAUGAGCAGGCUCUGUGGGAUGAUGUGGCGCCGUUGAACUGUCUGGAAGGGUUUGAAGCUUCUGAGGAUGGGGAAUCCACGCAAGAAAGCCGGAAGUUUUGGGAGAACCCUGAUCUUGAGGCACGACUUGGGGAUAUCGCUUAUGAAAUCUUGAGGUCCCCGGAUCUGGAGAGAGACUUGGCUCAGCACCUGGCCACGUGGGGAUGCCGAAACGAACCAUUGGACACGGUCGUUUGCGUGUCGUCCGCCCCUGAGCUCAAGAUUCCUGUGCACAGCUGGUUGCUCUCUGCGCGCAGCUCGGUACUCCGACGAGCGUUGUCAGAGUUUCGGGGGACGGGCAGCUAUGCACAUGAGUUGUUCACCGUUCACAAGGACGACGACGACGGCAGCAAAACGGUCGUUUGCCUCCAGGGCUUGGACCUGCUCACGCUGUUGAACCUGGUGCUUUUUGCCUACCGGGACCGGGUGGUUCCGGUGUGGAACUAUACGCGGCAUGCUCCUGCGCUGGCGUACCGGUACCGCCAGGUGCGGUUGGAGGUCAUGAGACUGGCCGUGCGACUCGAAAUGCACAACCUUGAGGCUGCGGCGAGGCUGCAGGUGGAACCGGAGAGGUGCAUGGAUGAGGACUUCCGGGCUGCGCUCAAGGGGGACAGGAGGCGGUUUUUUGAGGAUGGGGAUGCGCUGCUCGAGCUUGAUGGGACGGAGGUGGCUGUUCACAGCAGGUUUUUGUGCAGGCGGUGUCCGUGGUUUGAGGGCUUGUUCUUUGGGCGGUCCGGGGGGGCGUGGCUUGCUGGUCGUAGGCAGCAGGAGGAGAGGAUCAUCAGGCUUGAUAUGAAGCACAUCGACUCUACGGCGUUUGGGUAUGUGUUGCAAUAUCUUUACGCAGAUGCGGGGAGUGAGCUGUUUGACUCGGCGGUUUGCGACACGCUUGAUGACUUUUUGGAUCUGGUCAUGGAGGUCAUGUCGACUGCGAACUAUUUGAUGCUGGACCGACUGGCGCAGAUAUGUCAGAAAGUCAUGGGACGGUUUGCGAAUAUUCGGAAUAUUGCGCAUUUUCUCAAUGCGAUUGGGCCGUGUUCAGUUACCGAGUUCAAGGACGCGGGGUUGGAGUAUAUUUGUCUUCAGCUGGAGACGAUGCUGGAGAAUCACUUGCUUGACGAGCUGGAUGAGGACUUGUUGCUGGAGCUAGAUGCUGUGGUGAGGGAUAACCAGCUGGCGCAUUAUCCUUAUCUGGCGAGUUAUCGGGCGCAGCUGAGCAGUCAGUUGGAUGAUGCGGGGUUGGCGGAGGAUGUACUUGAGGAGAGGCAGGUUAGGGUUAGGGAGAUGGGGUUCAAGGUGCAGAAGGAGGAGGAGAGGAAGAUGGGUGUUGUGAGUGGGAGGACCAAGUUUGGGAGUCUGGAGGAGGGGGGUUUGUUCACGCCUACGCCUGAUAGGGUCAGGAAGGGGAGGAAUGAGCCUUUUAGUCCCGAUUUGAAGGCGAAGGGGGAGCAGGGGGAUAUGAUGUUUGACAUGGAGGGGGAGGAGGAGGAUGAUUCCUCGCCUAUCAACAGUCCCUCCCUGCGAUCCCGAAAGACUGGUGAAGUACCCGCGGAGGACAAGAUCGCACCGCUGGGGAGCUCGGUGAAGGGGAAGGGGAAGAAAGUCUGGAUGAGCCUUGAGCAGUCAUCGCCUCCGGUCAACCCGUAUUCCGCGCCUAGUCCUGCAAAACCUACACUUGCUGCUACCCGUCCCGUGGAUGUAGGUGGUACUACUCCAGUCAAGACGGGGACUCCAUGGGGUGGUGCGGCUGCUGUGUUGACGGAGAAGCUUGACCUUAGGGGCAUCAUCCAGUCGGAGAGCCCCAAGUCGGCGCUGUCGGCGGGGUUGGCGGCGCAGAAGGUGAAGGAGGGGGGUGCCCCACGGCCUGCUCAAGGAAAGAUGAGCCAGAAGGAGAAGAAGAGGCAGCAGCAGGCGGAGAAGGACGCUCAGUUGGCGAUGGCGGCAUCGAAGGCGGAGCAGCAGUCGAAGAAUGCGUGGGAACGAGCCAAAGAUGAGUCCGCGUCCGCGGCACCGUGGAAGCUGGCUACUAUCAAAGGCCGGGGUGGACCUAAACCUCCUGCUCAGCCAUCACCACAACUCCUCCCUCCCGCCGUCAAACCGGUACAGACAAUAAGGAACGCCUCCCCCGACACGAGGUUUGCGGGUCAGCGUUCUACUCCUUCAUCCAGCGCUCCCAAACCUCCUGCUGUUCCUGCAAAGAAGGAAGAGCCCCUGGUGCCGCACUCGAAAAAUUACAUUGUACCUGCGCACAAGCUGGAGAGGGACUUGAUGGCGGGCUUCACGAUGGAGGAUAUCAUGCAGCAAGAGAUUAGAGUCAAAGAGAGCGUGAAGGAGGCGGCGGCGAAGAGGAGCUUGGAGGAGAUUCAGCAGGAGCAGGCGUUUCAGGAGUGGUGGGAUGCGGAGGAGAAGAGGAUGAGGGAGGAGGAGGGGAGGAGGUUGGGUGGUGUUGGGGCGGGGGGGAGUAAAAAGGAGGGUGGUAACAAGAGGGGACGGGGGGGGAGGAGAGGUGGGGGUGGUGGUGGUGAGGGUGAGAGGGGGGAAAAAGCUAGGGGGGUUGGUGAGGGGAAUGCUAGGGGGGGAGGAGGAGGGAGAGGGAAGAGAGGUGGUGGUGGUGGUGGGGGUGAAGGUGGAAAGGGGGAGAAAGGGGGUGGUGGUGCUGGCCCGUCGAGGGAGAAUAGAGGGAGGGGAAGGGGGAGAGGCGGGAGGAGGGAGCAGUCGGGUACGUCAGGGCCGGCGGCUGCUGUAGCUGUUGGUGAGGGGUGCUGA